AUAUACAUAUGUAAUUGCCGCCGUUUUCAAACAAUGCAAAUCAUUUUUCACGAAAACUGCGCGCACAUAUGUAAAUGGAAUUUUUGAUUGAAGUGACAUUGAUGUGAUUAUGCGCAACUCUAAAAUAUACAUAAAUCGCAACCGUUGCAGCUGCUGUCAAGAAAUGUGUAACUAACUACAAAACACUUUUCUACAAACGUGUAUACUUCAAAGCACUGCAACAAAAAAACGCCUCAAUAAAGUGUUAAGUCGUUUAAGUACUGUUUAUAUUGGCGUGGCACGUGCCAUUUUCCUAUUUUAACCUAGUCCACAGCACAGUGAAUGUUAUGUUGCCCACGACAGCGUUUCGCCGCCGCAAUGGCUAUGAGGAUCUGGACAAGUGCAAUCAAUCAUUAGAGGAAUAUCUGUCGAGCAUACAAGUAUGCGUUGCGACACCAACAACGACAACGACAGCACCGUCGUUGGGUCAACAAAAGCAGCAAACUAAUCGUAUUUUCUCAAUCUCAGAUACGGCAUUAAAUUUAGCGCCAACAGACGCGCAUACAAAUACGCUGGCAGCACCUUUGUGCUGCCUGUCCCAGCAGCAAUCAAUGUCGCACGCUUCACACAAUCAAUCUACGCUCAGUCUCAAUAAUGGCAUUAGCCUUGGCUCCAUCGUGCUGUUGCCCUCGCAAGUGCCCAGUCCCACGCGUACCACGCAAAGUUAUACCAACCUGGAACAGCGGCGUUAUGCCCCUGUGUGUGCUGCCAAAAUGUGGGAGCUCUUCUAUAUGCGCAAGGCGAAUUUUCGUUUACUUUGCUUUGCACUCUUUUAUUGUGUUUACUUAGCAAUCGGUAGUGUUUGCUUUCAAAUUGCCGAAACGCCGGUGGAGGAGUCAUUGCGUAGCGCUGUGCGUCUACUACGCACCGAAUUCCUGCUCAAGUAUCCACAAAUAUCGGAUGAAGACCUCGAAGAGUUUCUCAAAGCCGUGAUAACAGCCAACGAUCGUGGCAUAUCACCGUUACGCAAUGCUACAAAUGAAAUGAACUGGAGCUUUGGUCAGGCAUUCUUCUUCUCCAGCACCGUGAUAACAACAAUCGGAUAUGGUCAUGUAACGCCACUUAGCCAAACGGGGAAAAUAUUUUGCAUAAUUUAUGCAGCCAUUGGUAUACCACUCACGUUGGUGCUAUUGAGCGCGAUGGUGGAGCGGUUAUUGGUGCCGGCCAGCUGGUUGUUGGGCACGCUGAAUUCGAAAUUGGGUCAUCUCUAUCAGCCCUUCAAUAUACGUUUAUUGCAUCUAAGCAUUGUGGCUACGCUGGUUAUCGUCUUAUUCUUCGCCAUACCAACGGCAGUGUUCGCUUUCAUUGAACCCGCCUGGGGUGCUUUGGACGCUUUCUACUAUUGUUUCAUCUCGUUGACAACCAUUGGCUUGGGCGAUUACAUACCUGGCGAGGGUGUGACCAUUGGCAAUCGUUCGAUGUACAAAAUAUUCAUUAGCGGUUAUUUGAUUUGUGGUCUCAUUGCUAUGAUGUUUGUGCUGACGAUCUUCUAUGACAUACCGCAACUCAAUUUGGGUCAACUCUUCACCGAGAGCACAAAUGGUGAAACGGAAAAACUGCGUCUAUCCGGCAACAAUACAACCUGCUAUUCGGGUCCAUCUGGCCUGUAUAUGCCACAGCGUGAUGAGGAUACUAGACGCGCCGUUGUACGCAUACGUCCACAUGGCGACGAUUCACCCAGUCCCGAUGAAGCACCAUCGUCGCUCAACAGCGAUAUAAGAGUGCCAUAAGGUGGGCAUAAGGUGGCACAUUUGCAGCAUCGUAUGAAGGCACACAAGGCACAUCGUUUUCAAAACAAUUUGCAUAUCUUUGAAACAACAUUACACUACAGAAAAUAAUCCAAAACCGUAAUUGUAACAUGCAUUCAAGUAACCCUUCACUACAAAAGUCUACAUCUGCAGUCUUAAGGUAAAUAAUCUAGUAUACAGUUCGUACUCGUUACUAAGCAUAUGCUAGUAUGUGCUGGUUAUAAACAUGCUAACAAUGAUCAUUUAAUUUUAAAAUUCCACUUUUUUUAAUCAAACAAAGCAUAAACAAAGACAAAUCUCUCAAAUGUACAAAACAAACUGCAUACAAUACAAAGAAUACCUAUUUAAACGGCUCUACUAAAUGAAAUAUACUAUUCUAAACAUUAAGACAUAACAUAGAAAAAAAAUAUCAUCUUCUUGACAGUUGUCGUGACUUUGAAGACACUGUAGAAACCCAGAAUUACUAUCAUAAAAUAGCAAAUUGUUGAAUGUUGCAUUGCGAUGAGGCAAGUGAUUUUACAAUGCCUCGCAGAAUUUGUUGCAAUUGUACGUAUUUCUAACGGUAGUUUGUAGUUGUAAUAAAUUAUAAACAUAAAUAGUGUUAAUUUAUAGCACACUAGCAGAUUGUGAGAACAUGUUGAAAUGUAUGUACUCGUAUGCCUAUAAAGGCGAUAUAAAGUAUGGAAGUAACGUCAACACCUAAAAAGUGUUCUUGUCGUGUUAGUAUUUCCAGUUAUUUGUGGUUUUCCAAGCUCACCUGCUUUUCAAAUAACUAGUAAACAAUAAAAACUUUUCAUUUAUAUUAUAUUUUACAUAUUGAACCCCCCUAAUACACCAAAAAGCGUGGAGUUUUUAAUCAAUUGCGCUUUCUAAAUAUUAAUGUUCUAAACAUAGCGAAAUUGUUCAAAUGUAGGGAAUAAGAAUAGACUGAAUAUAUGGACGUAUGUUAUGAGUAGCGAAUAGAUUGCUUGAUCAGCUGAUAUACGAGUAUAUGAUUUUAUUAUUUUUUGCAUUGUUAUUUUUUUCUAAUAAUAUAAGGAUGUAGCAGCUUUAACUAUUUCCAAAAAAGAGCAAAUAAGUUGCAUAAAAUAUUUAAAAUUUUAUUUUUUAUAUUUGUUAAUUUAAACUUGUUUGCCAUUUUUGUUUAAGUUUAACGUUUAAUAUUAUUUUAAUAAAUCUUAUAGGCGACUAACACAACCGACAUACAUACUUAUAUGUGCGUUAUUGUUGUGAUUGAGUUUUAUUUAAGAGGUUAGGUGGGAUUCAAAAUCAAUUCAAUUCAAUUUCCUAUAAAAUAGUGCAAUAUCUUUAAAAUAUUAUCCAAAAAUAUCAAAUCAAUCCGACCAAUAUUCUAAGAGAUAUACCUUUUGAAAAUUCCGCCCAUCAGUCCACGUCAGUACGAAUGUAAAACUUUAAACGCAUUUAUCUGAAAACUCAAUUUUCAAGUCGGUGGACACAGUAACUGAAAAAGUUAUGAAGCGAUUUUGUUCAAAUUUUGCACACAUCUUUGGAAUAACAUUAUAUAGUAAAUGAACGAAGAAUUUUUUAUAUUUUUAUUGUAACUAUUUUUUCCGAGCUAAUAUAUGCCAAAAAUUUGACCAAAAAAGUGAGUUUUUUCUGUCAAAAAUUCAAAUUUCAAUAUUUUAUUUUUUUCUUCGUCCAUUAACUAGAUCUAUCCAUGUAUAAUACUAUCGAAAUAUUUUUGGUUUAUUGUUUUUAGAUGAACUAAUCAUGAGUUGCGAUGUCCACGGCAAGACAUUUUUUUUUUUUGAACAUUUCACAUAAUAUUGUUUAAAUACUUAUAUUUGAUACUCUGAAUUGUUUAAAUUAAAUAUAUGAUUGUAUAUAAAAGAAAAAUUGUAAAAGUAUACUUGUUUUUAGCCCACCUAACCCCUUAAUGAUCAGCGUACAACCACUUCACACACAUUAUCACACAUAAAUUAAUAUUUAAUUGCCUAUAAAAAUAUAAUAAAUAAUUUAAGUAAAAGAAAUAUAAAAAUGAAAAGUAUAUACACUGAAGUUAAAACACAAAUUUUAUUAAAGUACAUAAAUACAUACAUACAUUAAUACAUAUAUAUCCGAACACAAAAUAUUUGUAUUCACAUAAGGAUCAUUUAUGUAGUAUAUAUGUGUAUGUAAAUUAGAACGAAAGACCCGCAAAAUAAUGGACAAUGCUUUAUUCGAGACAUAUUUAAGGAAUAUUCUAUGACGACAACAACAAUAAACACAAUAAUAUCAAAUUAAUAAAUAUUCUUAUGUAGUACAUAUACUUUAUAAGAAGAAAACGAACAAAACGAAUUGAAAAAAAAAUAAAAUUAUAUAAAUAAUAAAAGUAUAUAAUGAACAUAAAUUAUAUGAUAAACAUACUACGGGACUUCCCGUCAAACAAAAUAUAGUGAAAUGUUUAUGUAUAUCCGUUCCAGAAAAUGUUAAGACGUACCACAAUGAAAUAUACAAUGCGGAUAGAAUAAUAAUUUUAAAUAAUAAAAAUAUAUUUUACAAAUGGCGUAAGGCACACAAAAUGCUAUGUAGGACAAUUGAAAUGGACGGCGAACAUAACUCAAACAUAAAUAAUGAAUAUAAUCUAAAGUGUAUAUUUUCUUGCGUAAUGGUUAACUUAAGAUUUGAAGGAGUGUCUAAUGCGAAACUUCGUUAUAUUUAUCGAUUAUUGGACGGGUCCAUAGUAUUUCAUAAAAAUAUGUUUGCUGAACAUUUUAUGUACCUAUAAAUUGUAUUAUACAAGUAUAAGUAAGCCCAUUUUAUUAUGUAUACAUAUACUUUUCCAAAAAGUAAAAUUGAAAAUUUAUGCAGGAAUAUAUAAAGUUACACACGACUUCAUUUAUUUACAUAUUAUAACUGAGCACGACCAUGUAUGUAUAUAUGUUCAUUAAAAUAUAUAUUGAAUCUAAAAACAGAGAAAACACUAUAAACUGUAGUAAUCAGUUGUAGAAACCCAAUUCUUUGGUUAUAGUUUGUACGUA